AUGGCGACCGUCACUCUCACAGAGGCCAAGCCCAGGCACAACCGCCUCCCCAAGAAUAUCAAAUUGCCACCAGAAAAUGAACGAUAUAUGCGCGCAUGCGCGGAUAUCGCCUCCGCCCUUAUCCAGGACUAUGAAGCGCAAGCCGAUGGAUCAAAGCCUAAGAAGGACCUAAACCUGAAUCACUUGAGGGGUCAGAUCGCAAAGAAACAUUAUCUGAAGAGUCAGCCACCCUUGACGGCCAUCAUCGCGGCGGUGCCCGAGCAUUACAAGAAGUACAUUCUGCCUAAGUUGAUUGCGAAACCCAUUCGGACUUCCUCUGGCAUUGCGGUAGUCGCAGUAAUGUGCAAACCGCAUCGAUGCCCACACAUUUCAUACACUGGCAACAUAUGUGUCUACUGCCCUGGUGGUCCUGACUCUGACUUUGAGUACUCUACCCAAUCCUACACCGGCUAUGAGCCAACCUCCAUGCGCGCCAUUCGCGCACGAUACGACCCCUACGAGCAGGCACGUGGUCGCGUGGAUCAGAUCAAGGCGCUCGGUCACAGUGUCGACAAGGUCGAGUAUAUCAUCAUGGGUGGUACAUUCAUGUCGCUUCCGGAAUCCUACCGCGAUGAGUUCAUCUCCCAACUCCACAAUGCGUUAUCAGGAUACCAAACAAAAAACGUUGAUGAAGCCGUUGCAGCAGGUGAAAUGAGUAAUAUCAAGUGCGUUGGCAUUACCAUCGAAACCCGGCCAGACUACUGCUUAGACCAGCAUCUCUCAUCUAUGUUGCGAUAUGGGUGUACGAGACUGGAGAUCGGCGUGCAAUCUCUCUACGAAGAUGUAGCCCGCGACACCAACCGCGGUCACACCGUCGCCGCAGUCGCAAAAACCUUCUGUCUAGCCAAAGAUGCCGGCUUCAAGGUUGUUUCCCACAUGAUGCCGGAUCUGCCCAACGUAGGCAUGGAGCGCGAUCUCGAUCAAUUUGUGGAGUACUUCUCCAACCCCGACUUCCGGACGGACGGCCUCAAGAUCUAUCCCACCCUAGUCAUCCGUGGCACGGGGCUCUACGAAUUAUGGAGGACAGGACGGUAUAAGAACUACACGCCAAACGCGCUCAUCGAUGUUGUUGCGCGGAUUCUGGCAUUGGUGCCCCCAUGGACGAGAAUCUACCGUGUGCAGAGAGAUAUCCCGAUGCCGCUCGUCACUUCUGGCGUCGAGAACGGGAAUCUGAGGGAGCUAGCACUUGCGCGUAUGAAAGACUUCGGAACUACGUGUCGCGACGUGCGCACUCGUGAAGUCGGGAUCAACGAAGUCAAGCACAAGAUUCGCCCCGAUCAAGUGGAGCUCGUGCGCCGCGAUUACACAGCGAACGGCGGCUGGGAGACCUUCCUUGCGUACGAGGACCCGAAGCAAGACAUUCUCAUCGCUUUAUUACGUCUUCGCCAGUGCUCCAAGGAACACACUUUCCGAGAAGAGCUUACGGGACAGCCUACGAGUCUUGUGAGAGAGUUGCACGUUUAUGGUAGUGCGGUGCCGGUACAUGCGAGAGAUCCGAAGAAGUUCCAGCACCAGGGUUACGGGACGUUGUUGAUGGAGGAGGCUGAGAGGAUUGCGCGAGAGGAGCAUGGUAGCAGCAAGAUCAGUGUUAUUUCGGGUGUUGGGGUGAGGAGUUACUAUGCGAAGUUGGGAUACUGCCUCGAUGGGCCGUAUAUGAGUAAGACACUGGAGCCGGGGUGGGUGAGAGAAUGGUAG